ACAGAGUUAGGACUCACAACAAUCUCGAGAAUCAGCUUUGUUACCAGCUCUAAAAGAUACCUGCUGUUGAUGUUAUACUUAAGACAAGGUCACACCCUGGACAUGGCCUCAGAGAUCCACAUGCCAGGACCAGUGUGCCUCAUUGAGAACAUCAAAGGGAAACUGGUAGUUAAUCAGAAAGCGUUGGAGAUCCUCUCUGCCUUCACCCAGCCCCUUGUCGUGGUGGCUAUUGUGGGCCUCUACCGCACUGUAAGUUCCUGGAGACGUGCUGAUGACAGGAAAGAUGACCGGGCAGAAGAGCGGGAUGUUCCUCGUCGUGUUCCUCCUCCAGCUCUUUCAAGAGAUCGAGAAAGAGACCGAGACCGGGAAAGAGAAGGUGAAAAAGAGAAGGCCUCGUGGAGAGCUGAGAAAGAUAAGGAAUCUCUUCGUCGUACUAAAAAUGAGACUGAUGAAGAGGUGUUUCUGUUUUUGGGGGAUAUAUUCCUAGAAGUGGGUGACCAGAACAAUGAUACUCAGAUCUUUGCACUGGCAAUACUAUUGAGUAGUACCUUUGUUUACAACACCAUGAACAAAAUUGACCAGAGGGCUAUCGAUCUAUUGCAUUAUGUAAUAGAACUGUCAAAUCAGCUCAGGACAGUUUCUCCACCUGAUCUUGAUGGGGUUGAAGAUGCAGCAGAUGCUGUGAACUUCUGUCCAGACUUAGUGUGGACUCUGAGAGAUUUCUACCUUUCCCUGGAAGCAGACGGGAAACACAUCACAGCAGAUGACUACCUGGAGAACUCGUUGAAGCUGAAAGAAGACACUGAUGAAAAUCAUAAAAAUUUCAAUUUGCCCCGUCAUUGCAUACAGACAUUCUUUGCAAGAAAGAAAUGCUUUGUCUUUGACUCUCCCACUCACCGGAAGAAGCUUGCCCAUCUUCCAACACUUCAUAACAAUGAACUGGAUCCUGACUUUGUGCAACAAGUGGCAGAUUUCUGUUCCUACAUCUUUCACCAUUCCAAGGCAAAAACUCUUUCGGGAAGCAUCAAGGUUAAUGGACCUCGUCUAGAAAGCCUGGUGCUGACCUAUGUCAAUGCCAUCAGCAGUGGGAACCUGCCCAGCAUGGAGAAUACAGUCUUGGCCUUGGCCCAAAUCAAGAAUUCAGCUGCAAUACAAAAGGCCAUUGCCCACUAUGACCAGCAGAUGGCCCAGAAGGUGCAGCUGCCCACGGAAAACCUCCAAGAGCUGCUGGACCUGCACAGGACCAGUGAGAAGGAAGCCAUCGAAGUCUUCAUCAAUAAUUCCUUCAAGGAUGUGGACCAAAGGUUCCAGAAGGAAUUAGAGACCCUGCUGGAAGCAAAACAAGAUGACUUUCGUAAGCAGAACUUGGAGGCAUCAUCAGAUCGUUGCUCAGCUUUACUUCAAGAUAUUUUUGGUCCUCUAGAAGAAUAUGUGAAGCAGGGGGUUUACUCAAAGCCUGGAGGGCACCGCCUCUUCAUUCAGAAGAGAGAAGAGCUGAAGGCAAAGUACUAUCAGGAGCCCAGGAAAGGAAUACAGGCUGAAGAAGCUCUGCAGAACUAUUUACAGUCCAAGGAGUCUGUGAGUGAUGCCAUUCUACAGACAGAUCUGGCUCUCACCGCGAAGGAAAAGGAGAGGAAAGAAGCAUAUUUGAAAGCAGAGGCUGCAACACGAAGGUUGGAGGAGAUUCAAAGGCAGAACCAGCAAAUGAUGGAGGAGAGGGAGAGACAGCAUCAGGAGCAACUGAGACAAAUGGAGAUACACAGAGCCCAACAGUUGGCACAGCAACAGAUGGCUUGGGAACAUUAGCUCCAGGUACUCACCCGUUAUUUCAUCUUAUCAUUUUAAUCACAUCUCCCUCUUUUUAUUGAUAAGAGCAUGAAACAGUGACAAA